AUGCAACCACUACCAUUCCCAUACGCUCUGAACAUUGGCACCGAUGUGGUCCAUCUUCCUCGCAUUCUUCGUCUGAUAGGCCAGCGCGGUGCCAGAAGCAAGGAAAACUACCUCGACAAAUUUACGCGUCGUAUACUAUGCCAGCAAGAACAACAAGACUUUCGUACUCGGUUUGCAGUGCAUAAUCAUGCUGACAGUCCCUCAAAGGUGACGCCUGAUAUGGCGCGUUGGCUGGCUGGACGGUUUGCUGCCAAGGAGGCCGCACGCAAAGCUGCGCCUGGGGGCGCUUCUUCUAUCGGUUGGAAAGAUGUUCUAGUUAGAGCAGCUCCAUCUACGGCUGCCGGUAGUGGACGGCCAGAAGUUGUUUAUCUGGGGGUAGAAAGUCGCGUCGGAAAGCUGUCCAUCUCGCAUGAUGGUGAAUACAUCGUAGCCACGGUCCUUGCAGCUGAUGACAGGUGA